AUGCGGAAACCGAGGCCCACAACCAAUACCAAUACCAAUACCAAUACCUCCUCCAUGGGCGACGACGUCGACGCAAUAUUGACGUCGGGGGUAGUCUGGGUCGACUGGCUAGCCCCUGACGUCUGGCGUCUCCGUCUGACGAUUGGCGGGCUUAUUGCCCGCCGCACACGCUGGGCAGUGAGGGGCGGCAGAGCAUUCUGCCGCCUUAUGCCCCGGUUGACUGCAGCGGAAACACAGUCCGCCGCGGUCGAAACAGCUGUCGCACUUGACGCGCGUGUGUCCCGAUGCUAG